GACGAGACGCCCCGCCCACGUGUGGCAUGUAAACAGACAGGUGGCAGCGGCGAUGUCAACAAAGCACACGUACUCGCACGUUUGGCGGUUUGUUGUCUUUACUGCUUCGUCGGCCAUGUUUUAGUCGGACAUCACAGCCAACUUUGCUCCCAAAUAAGGUGAUGCCUCAGCUGACGGCCGCCACCGCACUCCAACUGGCGCUGCUGCUGUCCGCUUUGCCGGCCCAGUACUUCAUCUCCCGCUGGAGCGGCUACACGGCGGCGCAGCGCCUCCACGCGUCCACACGGUUUCUUAGAGUGUGGAAAGAGUGGAGCAGGUCUUACCUCAAUGGUAGCGUGUGGACAGAGUGGACAGUGCAGCAGAUGUCCAAAGUGUGGUCUUUCCUUGGUCUAAAUACUGAGGAUGACGUGACUCAGAAGAUGGUUGACCUGGAGACCAUGAUGAUCGACAACAACCAGGGAUUUUUUGGAGCCUCCAAGGCGGUGCGCAGUCCACGGCCGCCCUUUGUCUUCCUGCGGGUGGGUGAGGUGGUGAUGGAGAGGAAGGGCCACCAUGUGGGGGUGGUGGUCAGCUGGGACCCUGAGAUGCGCGCCCCUGCCGAAUGGGUGAUCAAGGUGUACAGCAACAUGGGGGGCCGUGCAGCAGAGAAGACGCCACACUACAAGGUUUUGUUCAGUGGGCCUGGGUCAUCCUCUUUGUUUGUGGCCUACUUGCCUCAGACACAACUCAAGCGCCUGAGGGGGACGCAGCCGGACAUUCCCACCUUGGAGAGGUAUUUUACGCAUUUUGACGGCGAGCGUUUCGUCCCACUGCCCUGGCUCAGAAAGAUCUUCCCUGAAGAUGAGAUAAUGGACGCCUGACCGAAUGUGUCACGGAAAGGAUGACUGCCCUCUAACCACCAGCAAAUUUGAAUGUAUUUUACUUGCAGUACCGUGUAACAGCACCGAGUCACAGCUACUCACUAUUGGCAAUAUCUUUAAGGGUGAACACAACCAGUUUCUCCCCAUUGGAAUGAGUAUACAGUACAGGCAAAACGUUUGGAUACACCUUCUCCUCAUUCUGUGUGUUUUCUUUAUUUUCAUGACUAUUUACAUUGUAGAUUGUCACUGAAAGCAUCAAAACUAUGAAAUGUGGAGUUAUUUAUUCAACAAAAAAAGGUAAAAUAACUGAAAACAAGUUUUUUAUUCUAGUUUCUUCAAAAUAGGCACACACCUGUGAAGUGAAAACCCUUUUAGGUGACUACUUCUUGAAGCUCAUCGAGAGAAGGCCAAGAGUGUGCGAAAAAGUAGUCAGAGCAAAGGUUGGCUAUUUUGAAGAAACUAUAAUAUAAAACAUGUUUUCAGAUAUUUCACCUUUUUUAGUAAACUACAUAACUCCACAAUGUGGAUAGUAAUUGGAGCAAAUGGUGGCUAUUUUAAAGAAACUAGAAUAUUAAACAUGUUUUCAGUUAUUUCACCUUUUUUUGUUAAGUACAUAACUCCAUAUGUGUUCAUUUAUAGUUUUAAUGCCUUCAGUGAGAAUCUACAAUGUAAAUAGUCAUGAAAAUAAAGAAAACCCAUUGAAUCAGAAGUUGCGUCUAAACUUUUGGCCUGUACCGUAUAUAUUUUUUAAACCAAAGAAAAAGCAGCGUGAAUCCUUGAAUGCUUGCUUUGAGCUCUUAUGUUGCAACAAAUUAUAUUUGUACCUGAAGAUGUAAGUCAAUCAUAACUUCUCUUUCCAACAACAAUGUAGACUAAAUGGACCUUUACACAAAAGAAUGACUUUUGCAUCCCCAGAGAACAAAAUGUCUAAAUAAAUGCACAUUCCAAUUAACUAUAAAAUGUAUUAAUUAACUUGGUUAAGUGUCCUGUACAUUGAUAUAUUUGCAUGCUUAAGCAUAACACAAUUAAGUAAACACUGGAAAACUAGCAUAUGUGUUGCCUACUUCCUAAAGUUAGACUUUACUAUGAAAUAUAAUGAUUUAAUCCAUCCAUCCAUCCAUCAUCUUCCCCUUAUCCGAGGUCGGGUCGCGGGGGCAGCAGCCUAAGCAGGGAAGCCCAGACUUCCCUCUCUCCAGCCACUUCGUCUAGCUCUUCCCGGGGGAUCCCGAGGCGUUCCUAGGCCAGCCGGGAGACAUAGUCUUCACAACGUGUCCUGGGUCUUCCCCGUGGCCUCCUACCAGCUGGACGUGCCCUAAACACCUCUCUAGGGAGGCGUUCGGGUGGAAUCCUGACCAGAUGCCCGAACCACCUCAUCUGGCUCCUCUCGAUGGGGAGGAGCAGCGGCUUUACGUUGAGCUCCCCCCGGAUGGCAGAGCUUCUCACCCUAUCUCUAAGGGAGAGACCCGCCACCCGGCGGAGGAAACUCAUUUCGGCCGCUUGUACCCGUGAUCUUAUCCUUUCGGUCAUGACCCAAAGCUCAUGACCAUAGGUGAGGAUGGGAACGUAGAUCGACCGGUAAAUUGAGAGCUUUGCCUUCCGGCUCAGCUCCUUCUUCACCAAAACGGUAUAAUGAUUUAAAUCCUUCAUAAAUGUGAUGUUUACACGUUUUUGUUAAUUAUCAUACCAUCUAUAAUUUAACAUUUAUUUUCUCUAAAAUAAUAUGUAUGACAUGUCAGUCAUGUCCCCAGGUUAUCCCUCAGUUUGGUUACCUAUACCAUUUUUAAGAUAUUUAUUUCUUUAAAUUAUUUUUUGUGAAUCACUGUAAUGUGCUUAGUGUCAAUGCUAUAAGCAUAAAUGCCUUGUGGCUAUAUUUCCUGUAUUUGCUAAAAAAAAAAACCCACUCACUGUUACUUUCAGUUCUGUUACACAAAUGAGUCAUCUUUGUCCCAACACGUUGUAUAGUAGUACCUCGACCUAAUCUGACCUCAAAACACUUGCAUCUAAAAUCAAUGGCUACCAUUGAAAUUAUUUAAAAUCAAUUUACUUGAUUAUUGAUCUUCCAAACAACUCCCUUUUAACAUGUAACUUGCCCUUUAAAAAUAAAAACAAACUUUGAGAUACUAUUUUAUAAACCAAUACAAUAUAAUGUAGUACCAACAACGACAGUAUUUUUUUCAAGUAAUGUAACAAUGUACAGUGAACUUCUACAGUAUCUGUUUGUAGCUUCUCCAUAUUUUAUGGUUAAAAUAUUUUAACAUCCUUGACAGGCAUUAGAUUUUUUUCUGCUUAUGCAAAUUAGCACAGUGUAGCUGUUUUUAGGCAAAUGUUUGUGGUUUCUGCAAAGUUAAAAAAAUGGCGGCGAUGCUUACAUUUUUUCUUGCAAAUUUGAGAGAGAGAGAUGAUAUCUCCAAGCACUCUUAAGUUGAGGUGCCACUGUCAAAUAGAAAAGUUCCCUGAGUUGGGCAGUGCAAGAUGUGAAUCAGAUUUAGUUAGAAAAUUACCAAAAUGUAAAUUAUUAUUUUAACAAGAAUUGGGUGGAAUUGCCCACAUGCAAUAGAUGCUGCCUUUUGUUUGGUUUUAAAUAAAUAAUUGGUCAUUAUAAGGUUGCGUUGAAUCUACGCAUGACCCAAAACUUUCUGAACAGUACUGCCUUGAAUAUUUUGAACCCCAAAUGUGCCAAGAAACAAAUAAAAUUCAAAGACUGGUUGAAUGAA